ACCGCGGUACAAUUCAUCGCGGCUAAAAUUUAUCGUAACAUAAUAUACACGUUCAUAUUAUAUACGUAGACAUAGUCUCUUGAGUGAUUGUAAAUCUAAUAAGACGUGUUCACGUAAAACUCGUUUUUGCUCUAAAUAUCUUCGGGUUUGACGUUACCAAACCUAAAAGCUAAAUUUAAAAAUAUACAGAAAACAUGUCAUACUUAAAUUAUAAUUGUGUUAUAUCUAUUGGCCGUUUUGUACAUUUUGUUUCAAUCGUGUCCGGAACGUAAGUAUACGUAAUACGUCGUUAGUUUUUAUUAAUUAAUUGUUGAUUAUGAAUAUAUUAUAUAUUAAAAGUGAACGGGGUAGAGAUAAAUUGACUUUUAAAGGGUACAUUUAUGUAUACGAAAAAUCAGGGUUAAAUAAAUCAAUAUGGAAGUGUGAAAAUUAUCAAAAAAUGAAAUGCAAGGGACGUUUACAUGUAAGAAAUGAUGAAAUAAUAAAAGAACAAAUUCACAAUCAUGUUCCGGACUCUGGAAAAAUUGAGGUGAAUAUAGCAAUGAAUAAAUUAAAAGAAAAAGCAAUCGAACGACCCGACUUGAGACCACGUGCAGUUAUAGGCUUAAUUUCGACAUCAUUGACAAGUUCAGCAGCAGCGCAUCUACCAAAAUUAACUUCAAUUAAACGGACGAUUCGGAGGAUAAGAAAUGAGGAAGAGACUAUACCACUUAACCCAAAAUCACUUAGUGAUUUAGUGAUACCCCAAAAGUAUCGGUUAACAAACGAUGAACAUCCAUUUUUGUUGCAUGAUAGUGGCCCAGGAGAAGACCGAAUACUUUUAUUUUCGACCGAAAGAAAUUUACGUCUUAUGAAAAACUGUAAGCAUUGGUAUGCAGAUGGAGCAUUUUCGACAUCACCUUCACUGUUUACACAAAUAUAUACGGUAACAUUUUUAUUAAACUAA